AAAACAUCCGCCAGUUUCCCUUACCAUUGCGGCUCUUGCUGCACUCUCGCCAGCGCGUGGUGAAAUACCUGCAAUUAUUCUCAGCCCGCAUGGGCGCGUCGAUGUCAGCGUUCCCGUCACCGCCUCUCCUGAGUCAUCAACAUCUCCCAUCGGGUUUUCAUCGUCGAUACAGACAAUCCUUCCCUGCCUGGGUAUUUUCAAGACUGGGUGAUUUGAUACCUUCUACUUUGCCUUACCUCCAAUUCCGUGAUCCACCUCGCCGGUGGACCUCGGGCCACCACCCCACGGGGAUGACCCACACGACCCCGGUGAUCGUGAAGGUUCAGGGAUCCUCCGAUCAUGGGUCUACUCUGAAAGAACAGAUUCAAUCCCUUCCAAAAGAUACCAAGUACCUCGAAGUUGAAGGUGACACGCCUUCCGAUGUAGAAUGGUCCAUUCUCGGUUCUCAUUUCUCCAACGUUAAACGUCUCAUUUUACGGGCUGGUUACAAUGAAAAUCUCAACGACAAGGGAAUCCCUCUUCACUGGCCUCUGCAGAAACUCGAGAUUGUCGAUUCAGCCAGCGAGGUUUUCAAAAGCCCCUUCGUUCUCGAGGGCCGUGUAUCCCAUUUGAGUCUGUUCUUUACGUGUGGACUGCGCUUUGAGGGGCUGACCAGCGAUGAAAUCAAACGCGAGCAUGAUGAAGCCAUCGAAAGUGGAGAUGCCCAGGCGGAAUAUAUCACAGUUCACGAAGGAAUUCCAGAAGAGAAGAAGCUAAAAUUCACUUAUCUUCCAGAGCUGGUGUCCAGCCAUAUCAACAAGAUCUACGCUGAUCCGGAACGAGGGUUGAAUGAGCCGCCAGCCGGCCCAGUGAACCUGGAGACGUUGGAGAUCUGGGAGAAUGAUGCAAUUGAUACUUUCAAUCGCAUGGCCAUAUCUCUUCCUCAUCAAGUGGACCAUCUUCGCACGCUGCGGAUCAGAUCUACCGGUGGCAUAGACUUUCAUUAUACCCACGAGUCUGUGUUCCGUGAGGUAUUGCCACAACUCACGAAUCUGAAAACCUUGAUCCUCGCAGUCGGUGAUAUGUUUAACGACCCAUCUUAUCUUCCGACACUCUACAAAGUCCUUCCGCCCAAUUUGACGGAAUUAUACUUCCGUGGGCCUUCUUCACUAUGUCAGUCCACCGAUUGGCUAGAAUGGGUACAGGCUUUCGAGUCGAAGGAGUUUCUUCCAAAUUUGCAGAAGCUGGCGUUUGUCCUGGAUCUACACUGGGAGAAAGAAGAAGACUUCUGGAAAAAAGAUGGGCCCGCUCCAGCGUCCUUGCUCGAUCAAGCCCGCUCGGCGUGCCAACCUAUCUACGACAUUGCGAAACAGCGUGAUAUCAGCGUUGUAGAUAUGCCAGCGGAGCCAAAAAGUGCUCUGCUGCGCCCUGUUGAUGAACGCUGGUCACAAGGUUAGCUUAAGGUUGCCUCAUUUCCACCCACACAUGCUACGAAUCAUGACCGUCAUGGCGACGACGGUGGAUUUCUUGGUUUGGCCGGC